AUGAGUCUAAUAACUUUAUGUGAGGUGGAAAUUCCACUAGAACUUUUCAGGUCUUCACGAAGGACCAUGGAAUAUAAUAAAAGCUUCUAUGAGCAAAAUGAAUCUCACUCAACCGUCACCGAGUUCUUACUUUUGGGAUUCCCAGAUGUUAAAGGAUCCAGGGCCGUUGUUCUAUUUUAUGUUAUGCUGAUAAUCUACAUCAUGACUCUCGGGAUAAACUCUACAAUCGCUGUGUUGGUGUCCAUCAAGCCUCAGCUCCGUUCCCCCAUGUACUUCUUCCUCCAGCAGUUAUCAUUUGUAGAAUCCACAUUCCUGUCUGUGAUAGUUCCUCACAUGCUUCGGGUUAUAUGGUUAGAAGGAGCCACCAUCUCCAUUAUAGGAUGUAUAGUCCAGACCUAUUUGUAUUGUGCCAUAGGGUGUGCAGAAUGUCACCUCCUCACAGUCAUGGCCUAUGACCGAUACUUGGCCAUCUGUAACCCUCUUCGAUACAACACCAUCAUGAACACCAGACUUCAGCAUUCCUUGAUCAUCUAUUGUUGGGUUUUUGGGUUUCUUUUGACCCAGAUAACUCUAAACUUUCUUUGUCAGCUUCAUUUCUGUGGCCCUCUUGUGAUCGAUCACUUUUUCUGUGAUCUUGUUCCUUUUGUUGAGCUUUCGUGUUCUCACAAGUCGGCCCUGCAGCUGGAGAUCUUUAUCGGUGCUAUCCCUAUAAUAAUCUUACCCUUUGUUUUAGUCGUCAUUAGUUAUAUCUGUGUCUUCACAACAAUCCUUGGAAUUUCCUCUGUGAAAGUCAAAAAGAAGACAUUCUCCACCUGCAGCUCCCACCUGACUGUGGUCAGCCUGUACUUUGGGGCAUUGAUCACCAUUUACAUGAUUCCAGUUGUCCUGGAGGCCGCUCUCGAUGUGCCCCACUUUCAGGGUUUGGGGUCGGCACACGACAUUGCUGUAUCUGGCCUUGGCUGA